AUGAUGUUAUGGGCCGGAAGGCAUUAUGAUGUAGACCGGAAGAAAACUUUUGACAAAGUUGAUGAAGAGUUGGCAUUAGUUGAAGGGAGAAAUUUUGAUAUAAAUCAACGUCUUGUUCGCAUUGUAGAACAAAAAGAUGCUCUAAAUGUUGAUUAUUUAUCUCAAAUUUUGGAUGCGAAACUUGCUCCAAUUCUUUCUCAUUUUAAAACAUCUUUUGGUGUUCUGGGUAGCAGGGCUACUUUGCAACAAGGAGGAGAGAAUGUGGAGAAUAUUGUUCUGAAUAUCGAUCAAGAAGAGCCUACUAAACUCAAGCUCAAAAGUUCAUAUGUUGUUCCAAAUAUGUGUAUAAAGGGUGAUGCUCCAAAUAUUACCGUUGGCCAUUGGUCAUUGAAGACAACAAUGGGAGUUCUGAUUCCUGAUUCUCAAAAUUUGGCUGGAGAUGGUGUAGGAAAAAGAAAUGUGAAAAUUAUUACUCUUAAUGAAGUUGAUCCUGGUGACAAAGAAGUAGAAAAAGAAGAUCACUUAAAGAAAGAUGAAGAGAUAGAGAAAGUUAGGCAACUUCAAAUCAAGUUGGAUGGGCAAGAUGCAGAGAAACGUGACUGA